AUGGAGAUAGGGAAUUACUCAGCCGUGACUGAAUUCUUUCUGGAGGGACUUUCCCAAUACCCAGAGCUCCAGCUUUUUCUGUUCGGGCUCUGCCUCAUCAUGUACCUGAUAAUCCUCCUGGGAAAUAGCCUCCUCAUUAUCAUCAGCAUCCUAGAUUCUCACCUCCACACCCCCAUGUACUUCUUUCUUGGAAACCUCUCAUUCUUGGACAUUUGUUACACGUCAUCAUCCAUUCCUCCGAUGCUUGUUAUAUUUGUGUCUGAGAGAAAAUCCAUCUCGUUCAUUGGCUGUGCUCUGCAGAUGGUUGUCUCCCUUGGUUUGGGCUCCACCGAGUGUGUCCUCCUGGCUGUGAUGGCCUAUGAUCGGUAUGUGGCCAUCUGCAACCCACUGAGGUACCCCACCAUCAUGAACAGGGUGCUGUAUGUGCACAUGGCUGCGUGGUCUUGGAUUAUAGGCUGUCUGACCUCUCUUUUGCAAACAGUUAUGACAAUGAUAUUGCCUUUCUGUGGGAAUAAUGUCAUUGAUCAUACUACCUCCCACCUAACCGUGGUCAUCUUGUUCUAUGGUUCAGCCCUUUUUAUGUACAUGAAGCCCAAGUCAAAGGACACAAACACUUCUGAUGAGAUCAUUGGGCUGUCUUAUGGAGUGGUAACCCCGAUGUUAAACCCCAUGAUCUACAGCUUAAGGAAUAAAGAGGUGAAAGAAGCUGUGAAGAAAGUCCUGAGCAGACUCAUGCAUUUAUUGAAAACAUGA